AUGAGUCACACGGGAGAAAAGCCGUUCAGUUGCCAGUUAUGUGGAGAAAGUUUUAUUAGAAGUUCCCGUCUACGAAGUCACCUGAUGAUUCAUACCGGAGAGAAGCCUUUUACGUGCGACCGUUGCAAACGAAGCUUUACUCGAAGACGAAAUCUUGUAAGGCAUCUUCGCAUUCACACGGGAGAAUUGCCGUUUGAGUGCGAUUAUUGUUUUCGAAAGUUCUCUGUCAAAUAUGUUUCUUGCGGGCACCCAACAUCUUUACUGAAGGAUAUCUGUGAAAAAGUACAAGAAUGGAAGAAGGAACUGAAUGUUUACUUUACAGAUAAUGGAUUUGAAAUGAAAACGAUUCAUCUGUCUACAGAUUUACUGAAAAAUUGUGUCAAUGAAUUAACAUGA